GUAUAUCAAUAAAAUUCAAAAUGCAAUCGAAACGAAGUCUAUGUAGUUGAAUAUCUAUGGUGAGUAUGAGAGGUGCCUUCUGCUGUUAGGUUAUGAGAAAUUUAGAUACAAAACGCACUACAUUUGAAUGUUGAUAUACAGUGGUGUGAAUAAAAAUUUAAUGUAAUCGUCAUGGCAAUGGGAGAAAACGAGGAUACCGACGUCCUUAAGCAGGUUGAAGUUCUUUUCAAGAAACUGGAAUCAGCACCAGAAAAUGUAAAAGCAGCCGCCAUUUCAAAGAUCAAAGAAAGACUAAUGCCUGGAACAUAUGAAAGAGUAGAUGGCCCUGUCAAGAAAGAACCUGUCAACACAAGGCCAAAACGAGGUAACCAUAGAAGAAAGCCAGUGGGGAACAACAUCAGCACACUGCAGCAGAAGGCUUACAGUCAUGAGUAUAAUGUGAAAGAAGUUACAACAAAGAGAGGACGCCGUGCAAAGCAGUUUAACUACAACUCUGAUUCUGACAGUGGCACAGAGUCUAGCUUAGUUGAAGUCAUUCCCAGUGAGUCCAUUGCGAGUGCAGAAGACAGUGAAACAGAAAAGUCAGUUAUUGCAGUUACUGAGGAGGCAGUAUGUGACAGCUCAGACCUGCAGGCUCUCAGAGAUGGUGUUGGUGAAAAUGUGUUUGUUGUUGAAACUACCACUCCUGUUAAACCUGAAGAAGUUUUAGUUACAGUGUGCAGCCGAGGUGAUGGGAAAGAUAAUGAGGCAGAAAAUGUGGUGAUAAAAGGAGCUACUGUCCAGUGUUCUAUUUGUUAUAAAGAGUGUAAUGACAGAAUCGAUUUGAGAAAUCAUUUGAAAGAGGAGCAUAUAUCUCAUGGAAUGUACAUAUGCAAGCAGUGUGGACAUUUUUUUCCAAAGGCCCAGACAUUGAAGAUCCACAUGAAAAGGCAUCGUGGUGAACGUGAUUUUUCAUGUGCUAACUGUGAUUAUCGUACAUAUACUAAAGCUGAACUGGAAAGACAUAGCACUGUGCACACUGAUCAUACUGAUGAUCGUACCUUUGUCUGUCAUCAUUGUGGAAAGUUGUAUGCAGUUUACAAGUCACUGCAGGAGCAUAUUCGUUCUGUGCAUGAGCAGUCUAACAUGCAUGUCUGUGAGGAGUGUGGCUUCACAACAUGUCGAGCUGCCUACCUGCAAGUUCAUAUUCGCACAGUCCAUCUUGGCAACUACAAUAGUCAUGUGUGCCCUGUCUGUGAUGCUCAUGUUAAACAACGAAAUGCAUUUCUGGAACACAUGCGUUCUCACACUGGUGAUCGUCCUUUCAGGUGUGACAAAUGUAGUGCAUCAUUUGCCUGUUCAGCACGACUUACAGUCCAUCAGAAAUCUGUUCAUGGCCCUCGAACAUAUCAGUGCAGCACAUGCAGUAAAGCUUUUCAGACCAAACACCACUUAGAACGCCAUCAAGUCAUUCAUACAAAGAAGCGCCCAUUCAAGUGUCCAUAUUGUUCUUAUUCUUGUAAUGCACAAGGUAAUAUGAUCAAACAUGUCAGGACUGUUCAUGGCCGAUUGGAUUUCUCCUAUCGCAGGUACAAGAGACAGCAGCUGCAGCAGAAAGGAGUACUGCCAACUGUUCCAGAUCCUGAAUGGGUUGGGAGGGGUGAGGAAGUGAGCCAGCAGUAUCUUGAGAAGUUGUCUGAGAAACUAGGAAGAAAAAUAACAGUGAAGGAGUUGCGCGAGAAAGAGUUGCAUCGUGAGAGGACUCAAAGCACAACUAGUAAAUAUCGGAAGCUUAAUACUGCAUCAAAGGCAAACAAGAAUGCUCGUGCUGAAUGCUUUGUGCUGCCUGAGACAGCAGAUCACUCAUAUGUCAGUACAGUCAGGGAGACCAUCAUUGAAAAGACUACAGAUACUGGAAAUAAAGAUAGUGAGCUUGCAGUUAAACGGUUAAGUGAUGGAGAAGAGUCAUCUGUGCGUGAGAAGGAAGUGCAAUAUGAAACAAACUCUGUGAAUGAGAGGGUGUUUCUGGUACAAUGCAACAGAAAUAAGGGAGAACAAAUAAAACUUCUUGUGGGCACAGAAGUAUCAGAAGAUAUUGGCCAUAUCGAAACUGAACCACCAACUCUGCAGCUGGUCUAUCACAACAGCCCAAGACCAGGUACAUUAUCAGAUGUUGAAGGCAGAGGUACCCGUGUUGAAGUGCAAGGUGGUGGUUACCUUACAAGUAACUUUGUAGCACUGUCGGGAAUAGAGACUGAAAAAAACAAUGCUGCACCUACAGUAAUUGUUGUUGUUGAUACGGAUCAGAACUCAAGCUUAGGUACUGAAUGACUUCUUUCCAUAUUUCCAGCAAAUUGAGGAUACAAUGCUCUCUGACAUAAAUUGGGCAGAAAAAAAUUAUUUACCAACGAGCAGCUGUUGCAAACACGCAGAAAGGCAUUAAGUUGCCAGCUUUCAGAACUAGGUGCCCUCCUGGAACAUAGGAGGAAGGGAUAGGAAGAAAACAAACUGUUUAUUCACAAGGAUACAAGAAAAGACAUUCAGGACCCUCGUUCAAGAAAGACUUACCACAUAAGAAAUGGGUUGUUGUCAGAUGAGAUUUGAAAACCUGAGGACUUUGAAAUGGUCCAAUGGUGAGGAAGCAAAUCAGAGAUGAGUGGAAAUGCAUUAGAAAUAAGCCAGUAAGAUUUGGAAACUGAGUGCAGGAAGAAUGGUAGCCAGUGAGAAAAAAAUUAAAUGAUAAGAGAGAGAAAGAUAGGAAAAGAAAUGAUAAAUUAAGGAAAAACUUGUAAAAUCACUGUAAAUUGUGGCCAGAUGGCUGGCAGGAACCUAGGUUGUGUUGUAGACAAUUAGUGAACUUCCUUAAAGCAAGAACAGACUUUGAAGAUAUCUGUCUUAUGUGCCAACUGCACAGGGAAAGGGCCGUGCGACCUUGCUGGACUCUGUGAUUUUGGGCUGUUUGAGGGAACAAAUGAUGAUUCACUGUAUGCAAACUUCAUGCUUACAUACAUAAAACCACCAGAGAUGGAAUAGUGGAAAGUGGACAGCUAUGAACCAAACAUGCACUGGAUCAACAAGUACUAUAGUUACGUGGAAAUUGUUGGUGUAAGCAUUGGCAGGAGCAGUCACCUUUACAUCUAACUUACCAACAGUGUGAGCCACUACCUGGAGCAGAGGAAAGUGGCCUGUGACUCAUAUUCCACUUCUUAAAGCAACUACAUCAGUAUCUAAUAUCUAACUGACAAUCUAGUAGGAGGCAGAGAACACACACUGGAAAGCUAACAAUUUUUGUUACAGUUAGGCCACAGUUCAACUGUGAGGAAAUUAUUACAAGUUUAAAGUAACUGGUUAAGAUAUUUUUUGAUACUGCUUUAUUUAAAAUAUACUAAAAUUUGUACAAAGCAAACAACAUACUUAAUUUAAAACAGGAAGUAAACAACAAAAACAAGUUACAACUCGUGAAACUUUGCGACCACACAUUGUCAUUCAACUAAAAAAAGGUAUUAACAUCAUUACAAGCAGAAUAAACAAUUCAGCUUCUGAGUGCAGAAUUUUCUUCCAUCCAUAUCUCACUUAUAUGUUAUGUCUUUGUAGAAGCUUAACAGCAAAGGUAGUAAUGUUUCUAUGUCAGCCACUAAAUUGAAUAUUCAGAAAUUUGAAUGUUCAAGAAAAUGUACACUGCAUGAAAAUAGAACUGAGGAAAAACUGCUUGAAAUACAUAAUACUGUAUAUUGAUUGCUACAGUUUUGGCAUUUGUAUUGCAACCAAUUAGCAAUAUUCUGUAAUUAUUUUGUUGUUGUUAUUACAGGAAUUAUUGCUCUCAAAGGUUGUGGCCAUUUAUCUACAAUGAAUCAGAUGCCUUGUGUAAGACUCAGUUCUAUGCACUUAGAUACUAAUCUAUUCUUUAUUAUUUUGUUGUUAUUACAUUUCCUCAAUCUCUAUGUAAAAAGUUUUCUUCGUAAUAAAUAUCAUGAGAC